CCGAGGAAGGUUCCACGGGCCGAGAGCGGUGCCAAGGCGAUGAUGCUGCUGCGGGAGGGAAGAACAGGCCACUCCCUGGUCCCGCUCGAACGACCUGUAACGCGACAGCCGCAGCACUGCGAACCGGCAUCUGGGGCAGCUUCCGAAGAAUAUCUCGGUAGCCUCGCUUCCGGCUUUAUUCGAUUGUGAGAGAAGGGUACCUUAGGCAACGAUGAUCGAUUGAGUUUUGCCCGGGCCAUUCGACGACGACCCAACGAUGAUCGCAUUCCUGCAACAGCGCUUCCCGAGCCCCUAGAACCCGCCAACCCCAGACUUCCCGUCGCACAUUGCAUCGCAUUGUACACGACUCACUGCAGGCCUCUCCUCCGAUUUCCCAUUCUAAUUCACCAUGGCCGCAUCCCGCCGUGGGCAGCCGCCCCUCUCGGUCCGGCUACCGCAGCCCACAUCCGCCGCUUUGCCUGACCUCCCGCCCAUCUCGGCUCUCUUCCUAAUCGACUUCGACGUCAAGGCCGGGUAUACCAUCACCUGGAAGCAGGCUGUGCAGGGCCUCGAGCUCGAGGGCACCGUCGAGUACAAGAGCUUGCCGUCAGGCCUUCACACCGUGUCUGACGACCUCAUAUACUUCGUCCACGAUGGAGGCCACGCCGGUCUCAGCGCCUUCGUCAACACCCCCACCGACGAGGAAGAGACGCGCCAUGCGCGCAUGAUCGCCGUCGGCGUGCUAGUUCCGCUCAGCUACGGCCGUCUCGGGAGGGCAUGGCGCCACGCCGAGGGUUUGAAGGACAUAGCAGCCAAGCUGGCCGCCGAUAGGCAACAGACAAAAUUGCUGGACGAGUACUGGGAGAACAACGGGGUGAGCGAGACGACAGCCCUACAGCCGUUGAAGGACACCCCGCUCGAGUCGCCUCUGCUCAGCAUCAAGGCGAACCGUCCUGGAUUGGGCAAGGGGCAUGCUAGGAAUCGCUCUGCCUCGGACGGCGCCGCCUUGAUACCACCAGGCCACCGCCUCUCUCCGUUUCACCCGGCCUGGAGCCUGACAUCGCUGCUGGACACCUUUGGGCCCCUGAUCUUUCCGAUACACCGCGCCGCGCUAUUGCGCAAGCGUAUUUUGAUUUCCUGCCAUGCCCCGGUGCACGAGGUCUGCAACUUUGUGUACGAUAUUUCCGUCUUGUCCAAUAUACCCCUCUCCGUAUGCGAUGUGGUAGACCCCGCCGCCCCUGUCCAGCGCCUCCGGCCGCUCUUUUGCAUCGGAGUACACGACAUAUCCUAUUUACUCGAGCACCAAGCGGCUCUAAAACGAGCCGGCCAGUCGAAUGACGACCGCGACACUCACAACAAUUCCGACGACGCCACCUCGGGCUGGGUAGCGUGCACUACCGACAGCAUCCUCGCUAUGAAGGAGGGGCUCUGGGACAUGCUCAUUACCAUGCCUCCUCCCUACUCAUCCAGCGCCAAACAGCGUGUUUGGCCCACCGUAGAAUGCCCCAAGGGCGUUCCCGUGAAGGCUACACAGCGCGACCUUCGGCGCUUCCGGUCCCUCACUCUCGGUCUCGCCCGGUUGGCCACCCAUCCCCCCCCACAACCACCACCCAACCCUCGCAGUCCCCCCUCGGAAGCAAGCGACUCCCCAGUGCCCACCACACCCGCCAUCAGGCUCUCCAAAGCCACCGGUUCCCGCCCCGGAACAGCCUCCGAGGACCGCCCUCCCUCACUACCUGCCCUAGACAGUGGCGACGACACCGACACGAUCGUUGAGCCCGCCACAUGGGCCGCUCUCGCCUACAACGGCUUCAUGUGGUGGGCUUCGGCCGGCGAGAAGCGCCACAGCGACGAGGUAGACGAGCAGAGCCACGAUGCCUCGCUCCUCGCCGACCUCGCGUCGCCCCUAUCCCCCGCCAUGGCCUCUUCCCCGUCAGCCCAGCCCCGUUCCCAGCAGCAGCCACAACAAAGGCGAACGAGCUUCGGCGCCACCGCCGCGGGGAGCGACAUGGCCGCGUCGCUGGCCUCGCUCACGGGCCGCUCGCGGGGCGCGGCGGCGGACGAAGAUGGCGGCGAUGAGAAUGACGACGACGACGGCGACCAGGAGGCGCAGGCGCGCGUCGAGCUGGCCGCGGUCGCCUACUUCCACCGCCUCACCACCUCGGUCCUGUCGGUCCUCGCCGACAUCGUCGACUCGUCCGACGAGGACGACCUGCUCGGGCUCAACCUCCGCGAGGACGCCGAGGCGUACACGGAUUAUGAUGGGGCGGCCGGGCCGCGCGGUGCGGAGGAGGAGGCGAGGUUGCUGGGGUCCGCGGCGGGGCCGGCGGGGGGUGCUGGUCCUGUUGGCGCGACUAGUACUGGUGGUGGCGGUGGGGAUAGGAUGGGCUGGGUGAGGGUGGAUAGCGAGGCGCUGGCUGAGAUGGGGCUGGAUGUGUGGAGCCAGGCGGAUGCGGAUUUCGUGGGGGAGGUGUCGGCGCGGUAUUUCGGGAGGAGGGCGUAUGUCGAGACGAAGGGCGUUGAGGUGUGCGGGGUGAGGGUCUGCUAGGGGCCGGCCUUUACCAAUGUGGGAUACUGGUGGUGACUGUGUAGUGAAUGUAUUGAUUGGCGUGUUUUGGAUUCAGUUGUUAUACCUCACGGGAUACUGAGGGCUGUAGUGGGCUUUUAGUUGCGUCAUGAGACGAGGAAUGAGAGCGGUUUAGCGGAUUCGCGGCUGGCCGAGCAAGCCUGCAGAGUUGUUUUGCAUGGUGGUUGUGCGCUUGGUUAUUCUUUGGGUUUAUAUCCUCAUGCUGGACUUGCUAGCCUGAAGUGCCUCUUAAUGCUGUGUUCAACUAUUAGUCGUC